CACUCACUCUUUUCCACCUACACCGCUCUGUCUUGCACACUUCGUAUCCAUACGCAACAAACACACGCCAUACAUUAGUUAUACAAUAUGCAAAGUCAGGUCGCAAGGGAAGGCCGCCAUAAGCAGCUGUACAACCAAGGAGCCCGCCUUGUUGCGGGAUGUGUCCCCAUCGAUAGAGCGGGACGCCGUGUCCUGUUGGUGGCCAGCUCUAAGCACGAAGGCGAGUGGGUCCUUCCAAAGGGCGGCUGGGAGAAUGACGAGACCCAGGAAGAGGCUGCUGCACGCGAGACAUGGGAGGAAGCUGGUGCAAUUGGGAAGAUUGUAGCCAGUCUAGGCGAAUACGAGCACAAAGUAAAUAAGCGCACAGGAAUCCCGGAUAGCAUCUUCUUCUUCUUCGAGAUGGAGGUCGAGGAGGUAGCGGAUCGUUGGCCCGAGAGGAAGAAGCGCGAGCGUCGUUGGUUCUCUUAUGAGGAUGCUAAAAAGGUUGUAUCGAAGAAGGUCAUGAAAGAGGCACUGCAAGCAUGCUCCCUGGCCAGGGGAUGAUAGGGUCAUUGCGGCUCCAGAGACUCCAAGCCCCUUGUUCAUGCUGAAUGUUCGCCAAACACUGAGUUUGCCUUGAGAUACCACACCUCCUAUACGGGCACACGUGCAAACAUAUCACAAAUAAAGCGGCAUGAUAUCGCAAUGGACAGCAUGCAGUGAACGAUCGUAAAGUACGACGCCCACUCAAUGGAUAUCGCAGACUAGA